AUGUCGGCUGCGGCUUGCGGCGGAGCAGGGCUGGCACAGCCCGGAAGCGUGAGGAGGGACCCGGCGUGGCGUCCAGGUGCGGGCCGCCUCUCCGCCCGAGUGUGGGAGGGGAGUGCGGAGCGGGGAGCCUGCAGCCCGAAAAGGGCCGGCUCCAUCCCCGCACCUCCGUCGAGCGGCCGCCGCUCGCCCCCGCCUCUUUUCCGCACAAAGCGGAGGGAGCCGCGUUUCCUGUCCGGGGACCUGCUGAGGAAAACGAGCGUAACUUCCCCGUUCUUAACAGACGAGUCCUUCCAAAGGUCCAUUCCUGCGAGCUCCCCGAUCCCCGCGCCUCCAGGAGCGCAGCCCCACAGCGCUCGCGGAGCGGGCACCGGCCUCUGUGGGCGCCCCCUGAGCGUUUCCCCUCAGUGCUGCCCCUCGGGAGCAGCAGCGCGUGUGUUCUGGCUUCCGUCUAAAUGUGGUCAGUCACGCCAGAAGGAUGAGGAAGAUCCGUGUGUCCAACCAGUCUGUCAGGGCUGUGAGCAUUGCACAGCGGUUUGGGACCCAGAACGGCAGAGCAGGAGGAUAUCAGCUAGCGUGCCUCAGGCAGCGUUUGCUAUUAUCUCUCGGAAUCCACUUUUCUUUUUAGAAUCUUGCUCUAAUUUCUUUUAA